UUUUCCUUUAACGUCAUUGCUCCACACUCCAUCCUAGUAGGUGGCGGUAAAUGCACCUAAAGCUGGUUUGCCAACCGCCAUAAAACGUCAAAGAAGAAGAAGCUGAAUUCAGCCUCGGUUCGUUGUAACACAUUCUGCUUCCGUUUCCAGGAGUCAUUUUGAAAAAGAAGCGAUGCGGCAGUCAUGGAGGCAGAUCGUGAGAGCGGGGCAGAUUUCAGAGUAAUUGUCAAGUCGAAAAAACACGUUCGUGAACAGCUUGAAAAGUAUAAAGACUUAUUUAAAAAGUUGCUCGAUGGCCAGUGCCACAUUUCCGAGGAGGACAAAGCUAAAUUGCUGCAAGAAAUGGUUGUGAACUUUGAAUUCACAGUGCAAGAAAAUCUAGUUAUUGCUGGCUUGUCCUGGGACGAGGUGUCAGAGGAUUAUUGUGAAGACUAUGACAGCACAAUAAAUGACAUUCUGGAUGAGAAAAUAGUAGAGACCGCCUGCAAACGCAACUCUUACCCAAAGCAAAUGCGCAACCAGGUUGUGCGAUCAUUAAGAGCAGAGAGGAAACUUCUGGGUUUGUAUGAACAGGCAGUGAAGCCACAAAACCUAAAGCCAGACCCAGCUCAAGACACUGUCAUCAGAAAUGUAUCAGCUGCUGCACCUGCAAUGUUCAAACAAGCCAGUACAGUUAUGAAGUCUCUGAAAAGUCUGAAGCAGGUAGCUGAGGGCUUGCGUCAAGUACUUGACAUGCAGCCUUCAGCGGAGUCGGUGGAAAUCUACAGUGAAGUGUUUGGCAGCUCAGUAGGAGAUGUCUGUCCAGACCUUCACCACAGACUUCCCUCCACCAUCAAAAGAGCUGCGUCUGAUUCAGAAUACAGUGCAGACUAUGUACCUGCUCCAAAAACCAUCCAAAUGACUGAUGCAAAUUAAUGUUUAUCUCUGUGUGUGUGUGUGUAUGUAUCAUUUUGUGUGGGAAUAGAGAAGGGCAGUAUGGGAGUAUUGUAUUGACACCUGUUAUUAGAUAAGUGUUUUGUAUGUUGUUUCUUACCCAUAUAAUGUAAAUAAAUAUUCAAGAAAUACUUUGUGCAUAUAGUUAAAAAUGAAAAAUAAGUGCUACACCAAUUUCUUUUUCCAUUACAAUAAAUAGCUUUUUUUAGAGAACUAUUGUGCUGAUGUGGUCCAGGUACAUACCACAAGGUGUUGUUGGUCUACCAGCAUUGGUUUCCAAAUACUGGCACUGAACACCGUUUUUAUUAAACAAAUGAGCCAAUUAAACAUGGACUAACAGGGCCCUUUUUGUAUCAUAAGUGAACAAUGAUUAAAAAAAAAAAAUUCUAAACACAUUUACAAAUAUCUU